GGUUGUCUUAACUGCUUGUCAAAUUUGGCGCGAGAAUUGUGUAUUUGUGGGAUAUUUAUGCCGCGAGGAAAGGGAAAUUUUAUCUAACAACCAUAAUACCCAAAGUCAAUUGAAAAUAUUUCUUGGUUACAAAAUUCUGGGCGGGAGUACAUUACAUUUUUGUGUUUCGGUUUACCCAUGAAAGUAAACAUUUCCGGGAAAUUCUUAAAUAUAGUACUAAUAUUGCAUGCGUUAAACAAAAUGUUGAUUAAUAUAACUAUUUAGACAUUAGCAGUCAGAACAAUGCAGACGCUUAAGGAGAAUUUUACUGUCACGUACCAUGCCUACCCCCCAAAUCCGGAACAUAGGCUGCAGAAAUUUGCAAUCAGCAAACGUCGUCUUAAGCAAUGCGCGCGUCGCUUCUUAAUUCUGUCCGGGGCAAAGCUGUUAAAAAUUAAAUAAUAUGUGUUGAUAGAAUUAACGUCAUAUGUGUUUAAAAGGUAGUCUUUCAAUCGAUGCAUUGAGCUUCUAAAAAGCUGAAGUUCUUUACGGAUAAACACAAAGAAGUGAGGGGGUAAAGUUUGUUUAGUGGUUCAAACAGCCCUAAACGGUCAAAUGGAUCACUUUGCGACGUCGUCCCAAAAUGAACUUAUCCUCUUGCCUCCUCAGCUGUCGCGCUCUGUAAGGCUUGAUUCCAGCGAAUCGGAUGAGGAGAAGAAUCUCAAUGAUUUCCAGAGGAAGAUGCGGCGGGAGCAUCUGCAAGCCCUGGCACACAUCAAAAAGGCGUGCGUGUUCACAGAGAGGAUCCGCAGCAGUAUGGAUUUUUUAUUGCAUUCUUCGCCUAGGAAGCGAAUCACCAUCAGCUGCAAUAAGCUCCGUGAUCUCCUACCCAGAGUACAGGGUACCCGCAGUGAUAUGGUGACUGUGCUGGAAAUGACCAUAGCCUUCCUGGAGAAUGUGCAGGAGUUUGCUAAGGGACACCAGUACAGGGAGAUCCUGUACCCUCCAGAGCAGCUAUACUCCAGGUGGCUCCUAGAGACGCACCUGAGGAAGCAGCAGUGUCAGAACAAGAGCUAUGAGGAGGACGAGGCGCAAAAAGGCCAGCAACAGAGGAGCAGGGCUGGUAAGGGUUUGAGCUCCAACCCUGGACCGGGGCAGAGUAAGAGUGCUGAUUCUACAUUGAUAAACGCAGAAAGAACUGACAUUUCUACCCACCCAUGUGAUAACUCGGAGGGGACGGGAUGUUCCGAUCAGCCACACACCGAUCUGCCCUCUGAGGCCCAAAGCAUGAGCACUUCAGCGGUUCCCUCUGUCUCUGCAGACCUCUUGCUGGAUACCUUUGCUGCUCCAUCCUUCUGGAGUCCAGCAGUACUGAUGUCCCCAGUGAACCCAGCUUCCCAAACCUUAUAGGCAACUUCCUGGGACAACUGCACCACCCCAGUGGGUUUACAUAUUGGAUGCCAUGAAGACUGUGGCUGUAGUUCACACUGCAGCUGAUAUCGUGUGGGGGGGGGAAGAAUUCGCCCCAUUGGAAAUUAACAGUAUAUAUAACCUUUGCCUUAACCAUAGCAAUUGCUAAAUUGUUUUCAGUUGGAGUUGUCUGUUAAAGUUGCAUUUUUGUGUGGGGAAACGCCACAUUGUCACAUUAUUUGGCUGGGUAUUGAAAAUAAAGAUUAUUCUGUGAAAAGCAA